AUGAUUGUUGAAGGCAGCAAUAUCAGCACAGUGAAAAAUUCUGAAGAAAACUCCUUUAAACAAGUAACAACUAGCGGGUUUUUGGAAAGAUCAGAUACUGGAAAAAGGCCAGUGAGGAAAUAAAUCCAGCGUAAAGAGAAUUAAUACUGACGGUUCUAUCUUAAGAAAUUUACCUAGUAAUGAGAGCCCUGUGAAGUACAUGAAUUCUCACAAAUCUGGUCAUAAAGGUGCAAAUCCUGACAUUCAAGCUGUUUUAAAAGGAAUCCAGAAGAUCUCUGCUAAGGAUAAUAAAGGAGGUCUUGUGACGAGAAAUAUCAGCAAGAGUACUAAUUUCAAGACUUUUUACUCAACUGCAUAUUCAAAUAAAAAGUCUAGGAUUCUCAAUGAAUCAUCUAGGAAGAAACUUGAUACUCCAGAAGCCAAAAAGUCUAUUGAAAAUAUGGAAAAACUUUAUAUUGAGAAUCUCCAAAGAAGAGGAAAUUGGGACUGUAAACAUCCCAGAUACGGAGAAAACAGAGCAGAGAUCAAACUCAAGAAGUACCUGAAGAAAUGGGGUGAUAAAAAGUCCAAGAAAGAAUCUGAAGCAAGAAGGAACAGAGAAAGUCAGUACUUGAUCAACCGAUUCAAGAGUAUUGGCUAUAACUCGAAAGAUAAUUUCUCAUCUCCUCAUCGACAAGCGAGGCUCAAGGAACAGAUUUAUAAGUGCAAACAAUUUCAGAACAUGAUGAGGGACCUUAGAAAGCACAAAAAAGGAUCAAAGCCGAACAGAAUCCAAGAACUCCAAGAUGUUGUCAAGAGCUCUUAUUUUUAUGUCUCAGAAGAUAAAAACCAAAAAUUAUGAAGUAAAGUUGAGAAAUCAAAUAUAAUUCUGAUGGACUCAAAAUCUGGUGAUGAGGAGAGAGUAGAGACUCCUGACAUUCACGCUAAAACGAUUGAAGAUAAAUAUGGAAGAAUCAAUAGUAUUCGGAAAUUUUAUGGCUUAAAAUGCAAAAAUAAGGGCAAAAAGGACAAAAUUAAGUUAGACAAUAUCUUUAAAUCUCAAGGAGAUCACUCAUCACUGUCUUAUUAUACCAAUAUGAAUGACGGCCAUGCAAAUAGUACAGGCCCAUAUACGAGUAUUUCAGCAAGAAAUAAAAAUAUAUCAAAAUACUUUGGCAAAAAUGGAAAAGAAGCUCAAUUAGAAGAAAUUCAACAGAUCAAGGAUUGUUUAGCAAAAGCUAAUACACUUUGAUCAGCAAGAGCAAUUGAAAAGGCAGUGUUGAUGCCUGAAGAGUUGCACGCAUACUCUCAGAUGAAGUCUUAUCCUAGACCUACACUCCUGUCAAGCCCAUUUAAUAAAGAGAAGACAAAGUCUCGGAGCAGAAGAAUACGUAAGUAAUAAUUUAUUGCUCUGGAUGAAUUACAAUUCAAUA